AUGAGUUUCGAAACAAAACCUAACUAUCUGUUACUGACAAAUCCUGACACACCGCUUUCUGUAUGCACAUCUCCAUACUACAGCCCUUCUGGAAAAACAGCUUCAAUUCCAUCAUCAGAGGCAAGCAAACCAGAAGGAACAAAUGGUCAAUGGUCACAUCUUCCGACUGGAGCUACGUACGUGACGGAUGAAUUCUCGUCAGAAUUCCAAAUCCAAAACGGAUCGACAGCAGCUCAAAGUGGUAACGCCAACAACUACGCUGACCCUCUCUCACACCGUCGCUACUUCAAUAACGUCAAUGGGUACAAUCACCAUCAGUUCUAUGAUACGGCGUCACAAGCCAGCGUGAGCUCGCCGGCAACAAGUGUAACUUCAUCGUUGUCUCCUCCUGAUUCCUUAUCAAAUGGUCAUACCACUCAACGUCAUCACAUUGGGAAGGCGAUCUCAUUUUGCAAAGUAUGCGGAGACAAAGCAAGUGGAUACCAUUACGGAGUGACGUCAUGCGAAGGAUGCAAGGGAUUCUUCCGUCGGAGCAUUCAGCGCAAGAUUGAUUACCGGUGUUUGAAACAGCAAGUUUGUGAGAUCAAACGCGAGAGCCGCAACAGAUGCCAGUACUGUCGUUUCAAAAAAUGCCUUGAUUCUGGAAUGUCAAAAGAUUCUGUUCGCCAAAUGAAGUUCAGAAAUGCAAUGCGAGAUGAUAAGAGCCCCGAUUCCGUUUUUGUUCCGGAAAUCUCAACGCUAGAACGGCAAGAAGAAGUUGACGCCGUAUAUGAAGCUGUACUCCGAGCACACACUACCUUCUCAUUUUACACUGACAUUAAAAUCCGAAGUAUUGUUGCAAGACCAUUCAAUGUCAGAAUCAAUGAAGACUCAAAAAUGAAUCGAUUGAAUGCCUGGCAGAUUUAUGCUCAUGAAAUUGACGUGGACAUCAAGGAAGUUGUAAACUUUGUGAAAGAAAUUCCAAAAUUUAAUUUCAUUAACGGAAACGACAAAGCAGUUUUACUCAGGAAAAACGCUUUCCCACUCUACUUGCUUCGCAUUGUUCGUGGAAUGUCGAACAGAGGGCUUAUGCUUCGAGAUGGAAGACUCAUUGACUUUAAGUCUCUUCAACUGCUCUAUGGAUCAUUGGCGGACGAAAUGCUUGCAUUUGCAAACCAUAUCAUUACAAUUGGAUGUACAGACGGAGAUAUUGCACUAUUCAUUGUCCUUAUUCUUUGCCAGCCACUAACCACGGAACAACAAUUUUCUACUAACUUCAAAAGUCAAUUGCAGUUGCUGGAAAUGUUUGAUUUUUACAAGAAAGUUCUUUUCCAAAAAAUGACAUGCCGCAUUGACGGAUGCGAUACAUACAAACAACUUAUGAAAUGUAUUCAUGAAUUGAAUCGACUUAAUGAGCUACAUAAACAGCAACUCAAUAUUCUUCGAGAAAAUUUGUCGUUUUUAAACCUGCCUCCUCUCGUUGUGGAAAUGUUCCAACUCUCAACACUUCCGUUGCCUGUUAACCAUAACAACCAAGAGAACCAAUAUACUCCUGCUCCAGAGCAUCAGAGCCCUCAACCACAGCAGCCAACGCCAAAUCAACAACAGACUCCCGUUCACUGCUAGCCACCUUUGUCAGAUUCUCAUCCGUUUUCAUUCCAACACAAUUCACCUUCAAAUAAUUUCGCUUUAAUGUAGUUAAGUAUUCAAUCUCUCCUUCCUGCCCGUUUCCAACCCAAAAGUCACGUGUCUGAUGACUGCUGUUUAAUAAUUCUUGCAAGGAUUGCCACAAUCCAGCAUUUUGCUUUCUUUCUCAAUAAUCUUAAUCUUUUUUGUCAUAAGUAUCACAACCAGACGGUUCUGGUUUAUUCACGAUUGGUAUCAUUAAAAUGAUUUCCGUGCUAUAAAUUUAGUAUUUG